AUGAAGCUUUCGUGGUUUGCUAGUGUUGCGCUGUUUGCUUCCGCUAGUCUGGCUCAGUCCUUUCAGCGGCUUGGAGGGUGUCCUAAGCUAGGCUGUAUCUUCCCGCCAGACCAGGCGGAUUUCUUGGCUGGGCAAUAUUUUGAUAUUCGUCUCGAGGUCCAUUCGCCUGUCAAUGGUUCCGAAGCCCGUAAUGGGGAGCCAGAUCCCAACUUUACUUUCACCAUUACCAAGAAGGGCCGCAACAAUAAACCACAGAAACCAACCGAUUUCUUCAAAGUGAAGGAACCUGAACUUGAGAAAUGGGACUUCACCUGGUACGAAGAUCUGUUUGCGCGGGACGAGAAAAAGCCUUCAUUGGUGAAAGUCACAUCCAAGGCCUAUCGUCGUGUUGCGCUAUAUCAGCCUGGAGAGUACGAGGCAACCCUCACUUACUAUGAUGGCCAGAAGACAACAGCAACGUGGCUGGUUAGAGACCUGGCUGAAGUCCGCAAAGCGAAAAACGUGAUCUUAUUUAUUGGUGACGGCAUGACGACUAACAUGAUCACGGCCGCCCGUCUAAUUGCUCAUCGUUCUGUCAACGGUAAAUAUCAGAGCAAGAUGGCACUGGACAACUUCCCUGUGCUUGGCCAUCAAAUGACCCAUUCUUUGGAUUCAUUCAUAACCGAUUCCGCCAAUUCAGCCACCUCUCUUUACACUGGUCAUAAAACCACCAUCAAUGCCCUAGGUGUAUAUAAGGACUCGUCGAAAUCAGUCUUUGAUGAUCCGAAAGUCGAAACCAUUGCCGAAAUAUUCCAUAGAGUUUAUCCCAAGGCGGGCAUUGGAAUUGUUUCUACCGCUUUCUUAGCUGAUGCAACACCCGCUGCUCUGACUUCGCAUACCCGGGAUCGGGGACAAUAUGGGCAUGUGAUUGAUACCUUCUACAAUGGGGUGACUAAUUACUCCUGGACUAGAUGGGAUGGUCCAGAUGUUCUGUUUGGCGGCGGAGCUGAGAACUUUCUCCCCGGGAAGUCCCACAAGAACCAGAAUUACUAUAAUCUCUUUGCUGAAAAGGGGUAUAGCAUUAGUUGGAACAACACUGCGCUGGCCGAGGCCCCAAACAACCGCAAAGCAUUAGGUGUAUUCUCUACCGGUGUCAUGGCGAAAUGGCUCGAUCGAAAUAUCUACCCAGACAACCUCAAGAACCAGAAAAACCAUCCAGAUGGUAGCGACAAGGAUGCUCUGGACCAACCAGGUCUCAAGGAAAUGACCCUUAAGGCCAUCGAUAUCCUCAGCCACCGCAGCUGCAAGGACGGGUGGUUCCUCAUGUCCGAAGCCGCCAGCAUUGACAAGCAAAUGCAUUCCCUUGACUACGAUCGCGCUCUUGGAGAAUUGCUUGAGCUCGACGACACCGUGCGCGCCACUAUUGACAAGCUUCGCAUGCUCAAUCAGCUUGAAAAAACUCUCAUCCUUGUCACAGCUGACCACGGCCAUGGCUUCGAUGUCAUGGGCUCCGUCGACACGAAAUAUCUGAACGCCCAAAAGACGGACCGCAAAAAGCGCGAGGCUGUUGGCGUGUACCAGAUGUCGGGCCUGUCUCAGUACACCGUGCAGACGGAGAGGUCGUUCUAUUAUAGCGAGGGUGUCCACUUCCCUGCGCAGUGGGAUCCUCGUUAUUCACUUUUCGCGGGUGUGACUGCGAACCCGGAUCGAAGGGAAAACUACCAGGUGCACAAGGAUGGGCCCCGAAAACCUGCUGUGGAGCUGGAGAAAGGAUCAGAUAACUACUAUGUUAAUUAUAAAGAUGCCGUUUCUGGGUUUGUGAUUAACGGUACACUGUCUGUUUCAGAGGAUCAGGGUGUGCAUUCUUUGACGGAUGUACCUGUAUUUGCCAUGGGGCCAUGUCAGGAGUUGUUUGGAGGUGUUUACAAUAAUAUCGACAUAUUUUUCAAUAUUGCCAAGUGUCUUGACUUGGGGAGGUCAAAGGAAGCCAAUAAUUAG